AACACAGAAAUACUAACCCCCCACCCACCACCCCUAUCACUAAGUACCCACAUCUGACAUCCCUUAUGCAACAAUCACCUCCUCCUUCAUAAUCGGUACCAGCGCAGCUCCCUCCACAGUUUACUGCAAUUGCCGCCGCACCCGCUUCUUUUUCCCCACCCACUUUCAGAAAUAGAAUCUAUUCUUAGAACAAACAGAGUAUCCCAUUCACAUAGGUGAGUAAUUUUGAUUAUUAUUGCUUGAAAGUUGAAACUUGUUACUUACCAAAAAAAAAGUUGAAACUUGUCGAGGGAAACAGAACAAUGGAACCCAAAGAAGAUAAAACGAGAAUAUACGUGGGAGGAUUGGGAGAGAAGGUGACGAGCGAUGACCUGAUGAAGAUUUUCUCUUCUUUGGGAGAUGUGAAGACAGUGGACAUCGUCAGAACCAAAGGCCGCAGCUUUGGAUACGUCGACUUUUUCCCUUCCUCUGAUAAAUCGCUUUCAAAGCUCUUCAGCACGUAUAAUGGUUGUGUGUGGAAGGGAGGGAGACUGAGGCUGGAGAAGGCUAAAGAGCACUAUCUUGCUCGGUUGAAUCGGGAGUGGGCUGAAGAUGCUCAACUUGCGAGUACUCCGCCCACUGAAUGUGGUGAUGGUGAUAAAGAUACGGCAUCUUUAGAGAAGACCGAAAAAGUUGUUGAUUCACCAAAGAAUCUACACAUUUUCUUCCCCAGAUUGAGAAAAGUGAAAGCACUGCCAUUUAGUGGCACGGGCAAGCACAAAUACAGUUUUCAACGUGUUGAAGCUCCUCCUUUACCAAUGUAUUUUUGUGAUUGCGAAGAACAUUUUGUUCCUUCUUGUACUGCAAAAGGGAAAGAAAUGCAAAAUCACACUGCAAAAGAGGAAGAAAUGCAUGGUCUGGCAGCAGAGAGUGGUGGAGUGAAUGAGGAAGAGCUUAAUAUAAUGAAUUCGGUGAUGAAAAAGCUCUUUGAGAGGGAAAAUGUCUCUAAGUCUGCAUCUCACGAGACUGGCCCUGCUGAUGAUGGUCAUGAUUCCAUCAAAUUGAUUAAGGAUCUGCAAUUUAGUGAGAAUGAAAAAGAUGAAGAUGACAUUGUAAUUAAUGUGGUGUCUAGGGGAAACAACAAAAUGGCUUUGUCACGGUGCCAGGAAAAAUCGACUACCUUGCCAAUAAAUCAGAAAUCUACAUUCAGGGAAACAAGAAAUUCUAAAGGUAGACUGGCUCAGAGUGAGCCUGAAUCACAGAAAAAUCCGAAGAAGAGGAAAUCUCUUUUCAGUGAAGAAAGCACCAGAGAUGAAUUUGUUUCUGCUAAUCCUGGAGUUGACAUGAAUUUGCAAACACCUUUGGGAGCUCAAGGUGCUGGAACCAAAUCAGGUGUCAAGCAAUCAACUACCGACUGUUCAUGGUCCCAAAAAUUAUCCUGGAGAGCACUUGUUGGAGGCAAGGAUAGUAGUGUAUUUAAUGUCUCCAAUAUACUGCCAGUUGUUGCUUCUACCAAGGAAGCAGACAAUGCUGUCGAAUCAAUUGAGGAUCUGCAGUUUGAUGAGAAUGAAACAGGUGAAGAUGAUCUCAUAAUUAAUGAGGUGUCAAAGAGAAACAACAGAAAGAAGUUGCCAGGAAACCAGGAACAGGGUGCAAAGUCAACAGUGAUUCAGAAAUCAACAUCCAAUGAAAUACAAACAGCUGAAGAUACAAGAGUUCAGAGUGUACACCAGGCCCAGAAUAAGAGUACUCCACCUCGUAAAAAGAAGAAGAAAUCGCUCAACAGAGAAGAAAGUGAUGGAAAUGAGUUCGUGUUUACUAUCCCAGAAUGCAGUGGCACUCUGCAAAAGCAUACAAAUGGGUCAAGUAAUCCUUCAAGAGCUGAACCAACUGAACCAGAAUCAAGUGUCAAACAAUCAAUUCCCAAUCCUUCCGAGUCACAAAAAUCAUCAUGUGGAGAACUUGUUGGAGAAAAGGACAAAGUUUAUGGAGGUUUUGAUGGUCGACCUUCUGAAACCAAUGGAUCUACAAGUAAAUCAGGCAGAGGUUCUUCAUGGUUUCAGAAAUCCCCAUGGACACAAUUGGUUACUGAGAAUAACAAUUCUUUCAGCAUCACACAAAUUGCUCCUGGUAUUACAUUUAAAAAUCAUGAACUAACCAAACCCCAGGGGGUUCCAAAUACAGUAAAAAAAGAUGACAACAAGGGCAGCAAUUUAGUAAAAGAAGAUAAAAGUGAAUCUUCUAGAGGUGGCUCAACUACAGUGAACAACAGAAAAGAAGGGGGCGUUGCGUCAAAUCUUCCAGAAAAGAACCAGCAGACUGUGGUUGGCAACAUUGAAGCUUCUGCCUCAAUAGUUGAGUAUAACAACGAUUCAGUACAAAAGCAAAUGCCUAAUGAAGAUGUUAGCAUUGGUGAAACUUGCUCGUUCAUGAGAAGUGCUGCUUCGCUAAAAGAAUGGGCAAAAACUAAAGCAGCUCUAAGUGGAUCGCACAAGAGAAAAAGCAAUGAAAAGUAGAUGUUUGCAGCACUUGAACGGAGAAGGUUUGAGAAACAAAUUUUAUUAGCGUAGGUGAAGAAAAACAAAUUUUGACACCAAAACCCGGCAUUGUCAAGUACCAGGUAUCAGUAAUGCAUUCCCUCGAACAAAAGAUGAUUUAAACACUGGCUGAAAUCAUUUGCCAAAUGUGCAAAUGAUCUCUACUAGCCAACUGUAGAGACAUAGUAAGAUUGUGAAAUAGAGAACAAAAGGAGAAUAUUUGUAUCUGGUUUUGGCCUGGUGCAUCAAUUUCAGGAAGUAGCAUGAAAUCAACUUCAACUCAGAAAAAACCAAGGAAGGAAAUUCAAAAGGCAGACUGCCUUCCAAGGGGGUACAUAAUAUUUACAAGCAUUUGACAUUCAGAGAUGAUACACAUGCUUCAGUAAUCACAGCAACUUCUGGGAGGUAACUAUUCUUCCCGUGGCCGUUUCUGAUUUCUUGAUGGUUGAUAUUCAUUAGCGGCCGAGGUCUUAUGCUUUGGUAGAGAUGAACUCUCAGUAUUUGACUCCACUUGGUCUGCUGAGGUACCAGGAAAGGAACAUGGGAUUGACUGUUCAGCUUCUGUCAUUGAAUUGAUGCAUGAAAAUAAACCAUUGAUGGGGAAUAAGCUGCUGCCAGCUUUCUCUUGUUCUUCCAUAAUCUUUCUCAAUUGCUCACCUUGCUU